AGUAGAGAGAGAAAGAGAGGGACAGAGAGAGUAGCAACAGUGCAUCGGUGGCUUUGUUGGAUUUUUGUGGAAACAAAACCCUCCCACUACUGAUUAGAGAGAGAGAGAGAGAGAGAGAGAGAGAGGGAGAGGGAGAGGUGGGGGCGUAGGAUAAGCAGAGUAGUGGUGUUGUUUAGUGGACAAGAAGAGUUGAAAAUAUCGGCUUCAAGGCUUCAAUGCUUCAAGCCCAUCCAUGGUAGAAGAGGCUUUUUGGCUGCAUUAAGCUGGUGGGUUGUGUUAGUCUGGCGUUUUCAUCUGGGUUCGGCUCACCGGAGUUGAGGAGGGUGGGGUUGCUGCCAUUCAAGGUUAUCAUGGCGGUGCAGUUUAGCAGCGGGAGGAGGAGGAGGAGGAGGGCGCUGAUACUCCUACUUUGCUUCAUGGUUCUUAUCCCGUUAUCGUGCGCCGCACCUGGUAUGCGCAUUUCGCGACAGAAGCUGGAGGUUCAGAAGCACUUGAGGCGUUUGAACAAACCCGCCGCGAAAAGCAUCCAGAGCCCAGAUGGAGAUAUAAUCGACUGUGUCCAUAUUUCUCAUCAACCUGCUUUUGACCAUCCUUUCCUGAAAAAUCACACAAUUCAGAUGAGACCUAAUUUUCAUCCAGAAGGGCUUUAUGAUGAAAACAAAGUGGCUUCAAGGCCCAGAGACAGACCAAAGACCAUUACUCAGCUGUGGCACCUUAAUGGAAGGUGUCCAGAGGGCACCAUACCCAUAAGGAGAACAAAGAAAGAUGAUGUCCUGAGAGCUAGCUCAGUCAAAAGAUUUGGCAAGAAGAAACACAGAACCAUCCCCAAACCAACAUCUGCAGAUCCUGACCUGAUUAAUGAAAGUGGCCAUCAGCAUGCAAUAGCCUAUGUUGAAGGAGAUAAGUACUAUGGAGCAAAAGCAACCAUUAACGUUUGGGAACCCAAAAUCCAACAGCCUAAUGAGUUCAGUUUAUCUCAACUCUGGAUCUUAGGAGGUUCUUUUGGUGAAGAUCUCAACAGCAUUGAAGCUGGUUGGCAGGUAAGCCCAGAUCUCUAUGGAGACAACAACACAAGACUCUUCACCUACUGGACUAGUGAUGCCUAUCAGGCCACAGGCUGUUACAACCUCCUCUGCUCAGGCUUCAUUCAAAUCAACAGUGAAAUAGCGAUGGGUGCAAGCAUCUUCCCUGUGUCUGGUUAUCGUGGUUCCCAAUAUGAUAUCAGUAUACUUGUCUGGAAGGACCCAAAGGAGGGGAACUGGUGGAUGCAAUUUGGGAAUGACUAUGUGUUGGGGUACUGGCCCUCCUUCCUAUUUUCGUACUUAGCCGACAGUGCCUCCAUGAUUGAGUGGGGAGGAGAGGUUGUGAAUUCAGAACCAGAUGGUGAGCACACCUCAACACAGAUGGGUAGUGGCCAUUUUCCUGAAGAAGGCUUUGGCAAGGCAAGUUACUUCAGGAAUAUCCAGAUUGUUGAUGGGUCCAAUAAUCUAAAAGCUCCUAAAGGGAUUGGCACCUUUACUGAGCAAUCCAACUGCUAUGAUGUCCAAAAUGGCAACAAUGGUGAUUGGGGCAGCUACUUCUACUAUGGUGGUCCUGGAAAGAACCCUAAUUGCGCAUAGCAGAAAGUUCCUAAUUUCCCCCUUUGUCCCUAUGUAACAUUCAGUGUAACUUAAUGCCUUCUCUCUCCCUUUUUUGUUACUUUUUUUUUUUACUAUACACCCACCCCCUUCACUCUUAGGGUAGACUAGUAACAAUCUGUAUCAUGUUUCUUUCCUUCCUCUCUGUAUUGGGAAGUUUUUGACUCUUUGUUUUUCACUUGAAAAAUCUCCACAUAAGAAUUUGGAGAGGGGGUCAAGUUUCAUAAGCCCAAAAGGAACAAGCCUUUGUCACUCUCUUUAUAUGUAUUUGUUUGCUCCUAUCUCUGGAGUGGUUUGGUAAUGGAUGAAUGAGAUUUUGAUGUUGGGUCCA